AGCCCAAAGUUCACCUAACACAAACAGCAUAGAUAAAAUCAGAAUGAAGAAAAGGCCAAAACAAGCCCCCGAAUUCACUCUUUUCCUCCUAUUAAACAAAAGCCAAUGGCCUCCUUAUCCUUCCUCCACCUCUCCUCCGCCACCCGUUUUACCCCACGCGCCACUCCUCUUAACCACCGGGCUCGAACCCAGAAAUCAUUCUCCAUCAGGUCCCAAUCUGCCCCAGUCCUUUCCCAAGAUGAGCUCAAAAAGCUUGCAGCUGACAAAGCGGUUGAGUCAGUCAAGUCAGGUAUGGUCCUAGGCCUAGGAACAGGCUCAACAGCUGCCUUUGUGGUUGACAAACUGGGUCAACUCCUUUCCACCGGUCAACUUUCUAACAUCGUCGGAAUCCCAACCUCAAAAAGAACCCAAGAGCAAGCUGCAUCACUUAAUAUCCCUUUAUCCACCCUUGACUUGCAUCCCCAUAUUGAUCUCGCCAUUGAUGGUGCUGAUGAAGUUGACCCUAACCUCGACUUAGUUAAAGGCCGUGGGGGUGCACUUUUGCGAGAGAAAAUGGUUGAAGCAGCUUCAUCUUCUUUCAUUGUAGUGGCUGAUGAUAGCAAGCUUGUUUCAGGGCUUGGAGGGAGUGGUUUAGCCAUGCCUGUUGAAGUUGUGCAGUUUUGUUGGAAAUAUAACUUGGUUAGACUUGAAGGAUUGUUCAAAGAGUUGGGUUGUGAAGCAAAGUUGAGAUUAGCAGGGGAUGGUAGUGAAAAGCCUUACGUGACUGAUAAUAUGAACUACAUUGUGGAUUUGUAUUUCAAGAAUCCAAUAAAAGAUGGGUUUGCAGCUGGGAAAGAGAUUUCUGCCAUGGAAGGUGUAGUGGAACAUGGGUUGUUUUUAGGGAUGGCUACCUCUGUUAUUAUUGCUGGGAAGACAGGUGUGGAAGUUAUGACUAAGUGAUUGAAGAAGGCAAAGGUGAGGUGGAAGUUGCAUUGUUGUUAUUUCAUAUUUGAGGGGAUUUUGAUUCUGGGUUUUGGGGGCGGGGAUUAAUGCAAAUGUUUCGGAUUUUGCUGCUGUGUACUGUAGAGUAACUGAACAUUGUGGAAUAAUUGAGGAUUUUGGAAAUAAAAUUGAUGAAUUGGUUAA